CACUUUAAAAGGUCCCUCACCAGGCCCCAUUGCAAAUUUUGUUUAUACAUUGAAAGUUGUUGCGUGUCCUCUCGACAGCGUUCUGCCGCAAAUAUUUUUCAAAUCGGCUCAUUAAUAGCCGAGAUAGAAAUAUUUCAGUGUCACGAACCCAUAAUUUCAGGAGGCGAGCUUCUCCGCAAGCGUAGGCGCUCUCUCCACUUGCCCCGUCUAGCCUCCGCAAACAAGAUUACUUCCCUGCGUUCUCCCAUACCGCUCCUCGAGGUUCGUGUGACGCAUGCGUCACGGGCCCCGCCUUCAUCUUUUUUUUUCUCGCUUUUUUUUUUUGCGGCGCAGCGCACUUCCGCUGACGGCGUCGCGUGCGAGCUGUUGCGAUUGUCUCGCUUCGCGCGGCACACGAUCUUUCGCGCUGUGCACGAGGGCACCUGAAUAGCGGUGUAAGUCAGUGCUGCACGAAUACUGAGGCAGACACAAGCGUAUCACGGAGCACGAUCCCGCACCGGAACACGGUAGUAAACGACAUAGUUUCGGUGUCUGUGCGCGCGACUCCACGACGUGGGAACGAGCAGACGAAACGGAAGUGCAUCUCUCUUCUGCGGUGGGAAGUAAAACAAAAAAAAAAACAUGCAGACAUUCGGUUUGUGAGUUUUAUUAUUUCUCUAAGCUUUAAUUCGUCUAACCAAGCAACAUAUUACACUGAUAACAGAUGUUGGCUUGAAUAAUUCUCGAAGUCACGUGUCACCACGAGCGACGUCACAGCGCGGCGCACGUGGCGCACUAGCACGUGUACGUCAUCCUCCAGCUUGGAGCGCAGCGGCCGCGAGGAGGCAAAACGGCGUUCGGUUUAACAUUUCACAUCUUUCCGCGGCACGUAGCGAUGUAAUACUUUGCAGACACGAUCGUUAUCGCGCAAUGCAUGCUCUGCGCUUUUCUGCUCGAAAUGGCAGACCUGUUGAGAGGUCCUUUAAUAUGUCAAUGUGACGUUAUAUUUUCUAGCGCAAUCAUACUCUCCAUUACCCCCAUUUCUCACUAAUUACUGAGUCACAAUAAGACGAUUACUUUUUUUUUUAAAUUCUUCUCCUCGGUCAGUAACACCGAUACGACCAAUUGAAGGGGGGACAGGCAAUGUUUCGCAGAUCUGAAUGGUUGCAACUCGAUAUUGCCUCACAUGCGCACGAGCUAGAGGCAGGCGCGAAAAUGCACGUGUGUGGUUGCCAUUAAAAAAAAAAGAACUAGAAGCUAAGUAAAUAAAAAAAGUAGAUACGACAGAAUCAAUUAUGAAUAGACCGUCUAGCAUAGAGGGAAACGACAAAAAAAAAACUUUUACUGAAGGUUGUUUCUAACCUCUGACACAUCAGAGAAGAUAUAUUAAAAAGACACAGAAUGACAAUAACACGAAAAAAGACGAAAAAUAUCCUAGCAAGGCUGCCAUACCUCUAGAAUAAAAUUUCGCAUUGUUCUGCGAACAUUAACGAGUCUGUAUGCAGCAGUUACGUCAGGCUGACAUAAUUUUCAUUCGUUUGAACUUUUAUUCCGAGCAAAAAUACGAGCGAUGUAGGAGGAGACAUUUUCAGAAGUAUUGUCGUCAUGCGCUAACUUGUAUUGAGUCCUAUAAAUUUCACACAAUACGAUCUUUCUUAUGAUGCGGAGAACUCGUACUGCGUGGCUCGUUUUCUGAGCGAGUAGUGAAGUUGCGCUCUUAAUAUCCACAAUCAGUGCCAGUUUUUCUAGGGAUAAUUAAUGCAAUUGAAAAUUAAUUUGCACUAAUCCUCCUUUAUGGAACACCAUUAAAUAAAUUUAUAACCAGUAUGACGAUAGAGCAGUUUCAGUGUGAGGGUGGCUUUUCUUCGAGUGCUUUCUCAGGGGCUUAUAGUUACGAUAUAGAAAAUAAAUCCCCUCCUUUCCUCUGGGUAAGAAAGGUCGAAAACGUUAUCAUUCAAUCUCCAGAUGACAAAAAAAAAAAAAAUACACGAUAAAUGAAACAGCUUUGGCGAAACUAUUGCUUCGAUCGAUUACGCUUGUUCGAACACUCGUAAAAGCCAGAAGUGCACUUACUAGUUCCGGAGGCUUCUUCGAGGCAAAUGUUUCGUUUAUGACUGCAGUCGUUUUAUAAGAAGUGAAAAGAGGGCGACGAAAAUGAAAAAAACAACAACAACAACAACAAUAAACAAGAGACUGGAGUUCGCAGUUUGUAAUUAUAUUUCUUCACAACAAAAAGGAAAUGCGAGACCUAUUCUGAAAAUGACAUGGUAGAUCGACUAAAGCAGAAAACAUCGAUCCAUAUAAUGAUAAUACUAUCGCUUUGUAAAUAAGAAUUCUGUACACAACUUCCGCAACGCAAAUUAAUACGUUGGCUUUGUCCUUGCAUGGGUUGUGAGUUGCUGCUUUAGAGACUCGUGAUAUGUGUUUUGUCGCAGUGUUAAAAUGCUCCCAACGCGAUGCGUGAAUUGUUAUAGCGGAGUCAGAAGUUUCUGAUUUUUGUCAAUUAGGGCGGAAAGCUUUAAAGGUCAAAUAUACGCUUUUUAAAGUUACGAUAGCUGCGCUCGUCAAAAUCAUUCAUCAUUGGAAUUGAUGUGAAAUCAAUCCACACAAUCAAGGAACAGAAGAAAAAUCUAAGAUGUUGCAAGCUUCUCAUAUAAAAUUUAGCUAGCUACAAGCGGGCGCACCUAACACACCCGUUCUCUUGGCUUCUCGGCCACGCACGUUUAAGAGUGCCAAGUCAAGUGCUUAGCACCUUUUCACAGCGCACACACGCGCCUCCUGAUAGGAUCUGAGUGAGUUGUCAGCGGCGACACUUACCAAGUCGUCGUCAUCGCGCACUUCGGAGCAGCACGUUUCAGCUUCUUUCUUACUUUUCCCUUUUUUUUCUUCAUGCAGCUCCCCUCUAUUCCUCCUCUACGUUUUAUCAGCCGCGAUCGCCGUCUCGGGACGACGAAACCGCUACAGUGUAAACGAGAUAACUACGCCGGCCAGCUAAGUCGUCGAGCGUAUUUAAAGGAUAAAGAAAAAAAAAGAAAGAUCCCUCUUGUACGAGACGCUUCGGUACUUGUCGGGCAGUCGCCGACAGACAACGUCCCCUCAAAGCCACGCGUCGUCUGCUCCGCGUCGACUGCCUCUUCCUGGCGUGCGGCCACCUAAAGCGCCCGGAACCGCUUAUAAUUUAACACAAGACACGUGUACGAAACGAUGCUGUCCAGCUCCUCCAAGUCCCCGCUCGCGUUUGAAAGCGGGCUACCACUGCUCGUUUUUCUCCUCCUGAUAUCUUACACGGUGCAUCGAUGCGGAGCUCAGCAGCCACAGACUCAGCAGGUCACCACAGACUAUGGCACCAUCACUGGAAGUCUGAUGCAGGCUCCCGCGCCGGGCUUGGUGACUCAAGUGCCAGUGUACGCUUUCAAGGGGAUACGCUACGCCAAGCCACCCGUCGGUCGCCGCAGGUUUGAGCGCCCCGAGCCGCUGGACCAGCGCUCCUCGUUCAAUGAGAAUCUACAAGUGAGCCCACGUUGUCUGCAAUGGACGAGCUUCCCGUCGGAGCGUAUUGUCGGGGACGAGGACUGCCUGUACUUAGACAUCUACGUGCCAGCCACGUACUUCGCCACGCCUGCCACAAAGCUUGCAGUUGUGGUUUUUCUUCCGGGGCCCGACUUCAAAAGCGGUGGAAAAGAUGAAAUCAAACCAGGCUACGACUUUGGAUCAAGAAACAUCUUCGUAGUCGUCAACUACAGACUCGGUGUUUUCGGUUUCCUGAGCACAGAAGACGAGAACGGGAAGGGAAACAUGGGACUCUGGGAUCAGCAAAUGGCGUUGCGUUUUGUCAAGUCCAACAUCGCUGCCUUCGGAGGGAUCCCGGAGAAGGUGACACUCAUGGGCUUCGGCGCCGGAGCAAUGUCCGUAUCGUUCCACAUGCUCAAUGCUGCAUCGUCGGCUCUGUUUUCUCGGGCCAUAAUGUCGGGCGGCUCGGCCGCCAGCCCGGAGGCGACGAUCACCAACGCGUGGAGGAACGCCCGUCAAUUGGGACGCGCCGUCGGCUGCGGCCAGGAGGACGGCGCGUCGCUCAUCGCCUGCCUCAGGGCCAUCGACGCCGUCAAGCUCGUCGAGAAGGCGCAUUACGAACAGAUAAGAUUUUUGCCUAUUGUGGACGCGAACGUCACCACGAAUGCGUUCCUGACAAACUACCCCCGAACGAUGUUCUGCCAAGGUCGGUUCACGCCGAAACCAACGAUAUAUGGGUACACGAAAAACGCUGGAUCGCUUCGCUACUUUGAGAGGAUAAACCAAGUGGAGAAUCCAAAAAGCGUCGACCACAUAGUGCAAACUUACCUGAACGAAUUUUUCGACGAUGAGGACUCACGUGUUGGCGUCACGGCAGCCGUGAGGUUCCAGUAUUACAGGCCACGCAGCAAUCUUUCCAACGCCACGCGGAACGCGAUCAGUACCAUCAACAUGCUCACGGACUUUCUUGUGGGUGCUCCCAUCGAAAUGGCUCUGUCGGGUCACCUGCGGCUUCUACAGAGUACCUCGUAUACGUCUCCAAGCCCUGCUUACUUGUACAUAUUCGGAAUACCUAAUGCUCCAAGGACCUUCGCUAACCUCCAGAUGGGCUCCAGAGAGCUUUACGGGGCGACAUACAUGGACGACAUGCUCUACACAGUCAACACUGAAGGAUUGGUGCUGACGACGGAUACCGUCCGGGACCCUCUCAUUGUUGGCUACAUGACUACUUUCUUCAUGGCUUUCAUCAACGGACAGGCCCCCGGUGGAAUUCUGCAGCCCAUCAACCCUGCUCUGCGCCAGUACACCAACAUGUCGCUGGCGUACCCUGGAGGCCUGUCCGACGGCGUGCCGUACCGUCCUCAGGAGAUGGACUUCUGGAACUACUUCGUGCCCGACCUGCACCUGGAGCUGAACCGCACCAGCUGGGCGUCGUACCACAACGCGCGCGAGGCGACCCACUUCAAGGCGGCCACCUGGGGAACCACUACGCUCGUCGUGCUGCUGGUGCUCAUCAUCGUCGGGCUGCUGGCAGCCUUCUUCGUCUACCGGAGACAGAAGCAGAGGUCGAGGAAGCUCAACUCUCGAGAGGGCGUCGAGUUUCGACCGGUCACGCAGGACGUGAAAUUGUAGGGCGGCGGUUACCACUGUUCUCCGGCCGACGUACGUGGCUGCCCGACGAAAUACUAAAGAGAAACAUGCGUGCAAUGAAAUACUGCGGGACAGGAGCGAAAUUCCAACGAAAUGGCCAGAGUGCCUCCACUAAGGCAAUGCGUCGGCACCUAACUACCCUCACAGCUACUUUACCGCCCUAAUCUUUCAUACUUUCUUUUCAUACGAAGGAGUAAGCUCGUUUUCGCAAAGCCGUCGCCUUGACUAUUCACAGUCGAUGCAUUUAGCGACUUGCGUUGUUUUCAUAGUCGUGCUUAGCACACUUCACUGCCGUUCAGAGGCGGCAAUCAGGCGCCCAGACCAUAAGCGUAACGCCUGUGGGGCGCCGGUUUGAGAUUGCUGAAACAUUACCAUUUUUUUUUAAUAGUAUCUGCCUCGCACGCCAGCUUCGUCGAAAGUGUGACGGCUAACAGUUAAUGCCACGAUCGCCCUAUACUUCCGAUCGGUCAACUGUCGUGCAAUUUUGCUGCGUGAGUUUUUUCACGCCUGAGUGGCGUAACGUGACGCCAUCGCGAAGAAGGGCUGUGUUAGCGUCACAACUCGUCGGCCUGCACAUGACCCAGUCUUUUACGUAGACGUUGUCCGACGACCAUGUUAUAAACUGACGUCUUCCCAUAUCAUCCUGUGCCCGCACAACGGACUGCUCCGCAGGCUGUUCCGCACGCAGUAGUUCCGUAGAUCGGCCGGCUUCGAAGAGCUUCCGUACGACGGCCCUGGCGAGCAGACAGCGGAGCUGGAAACAUAUUUUUAUUAUCUACCCCACACUCUUCGCGAAUGCUAGCGGUAGACUGGUUUGAGAGUAGCGUCUACAUGGAUGUCGCUAAGAAAGGGCUGUUCAUAGCGAUGUAUGCUGUUUUGUCCAAAUUGGAUGAUGAUGAGUAUUCGUCUCCUCAAAAAUGGUCUUUCUGGCAACGCAACAGCACUUGUUGCCAGACUUACAAGGCCUUCUAGGGCAACUUAGCAGAGUGCGACUGCUGAUAUCCGCAUGUCAGGUAUGCCUUGACAUUUUCCGUCCGCGUACGUCAUGGACUAGAUGGUGCCAACAGCAAUCCGUGAUGUAUAGUCAAAUGAUACUCCAUCCGGCACGGAAAUCAAGAUUUGUCCCGUCGUGUGGAUGGGAUGCUAAUCCUGGUUGUAAAAGUUGUAAAACUUUCGAUGUGUUGAAAGAAGCUGGUGACGUCAUCUACCUGGCUGUAUUUUUGUGUCAUACUUUCUUUCUUUGAAUAAUGAUUGAAUCAAUCGAAACAAUAUCUAGUCAUCCUCGAUGUCGUCAUUCGUCGGUAGGUUGUGUUGAUGCUUUGUGGCGAAAUAUAUGAUUACCGCUUGUUUAAAAUUGUCCCUAAUGAAGCCUUUCUGUACACGUCGUGUUAGAGCUAGCAGUUUUUAUUGCAAACGUCGAAGCGUUAGUGACCAGUGAUAAGAGUUUGUUGUUUAACGAGUGCCUUUGGCUGAAUUACCGGCUCUCAUAGCUAGUUAUCAUAUUUUUGCAUUCGAACUUUUGUUCAAAUCCACCUGUGUGCCACCGCUGAGAGCCAGCAUAAAUUUUCGCCGACUCAUUACAAUGUUGUUGGAACUAUAGGCUGCCGUGUUUUUACGUCGAUCAUGUGUGUCCUCUUUUGCAAAAUAUGUUUUGCUGUCAUCAAGCACAUUUUGUUUAAUUAUUAUAAGUAUUCUUGGUAGUGCUAAUCUUCAUGCUAUUUUCCCCACGUUCAAGGUUUCGCUGAACAUAGUAUUUAUAUCAUUUUACUUGUAUAUGACAUACAGCCGUGGUACUUAUAGCACUCACAAAAAUAAUGACACGGAAUUCGCACUUGCGCACAAGAGGGAGCUUCAGCUCAGAAGCUUCUUCCUGUAUAAGUGUAAAUGAAGAAAGCAAGCCACAUUUUAAUGUUUGUUACAUAUGAAAGAGAAAAUCAGAAUCGACUGACUGCUGGGAGCAAAUGCUUAAUUUUAGGCUUCUAACUUGCAAAAGUUUAAAACUCUAAAAAGAUGCCUUGUCAACCUUUAAUUCUAUUGAUUCGGGAGGAAUCAAAAAUCACAUUAGUGAACAGUAUCAGUUAAGAUUUCAAAAGUGGAUAAUAUAUACCUUUGAUCACACUGAAACGUGUCAAUAAUUCUUGGCAUGAAUUUCCCGAAGCACAUGUAAGCAGUGGAUCGAUUUCAUGUAAGCUGUUGACUAAUAUAUUGUAUUUACUUGGUUUAGUCAAUAGGUGCAGCUUGUAGAAAUGUAUAUCUAUAUACCUAUCGCACUUAGCGAAGUACUGUAGUUGUAAACUUGGUUCUCAAAUUCUAAUUUAUCAGUUUUUGUGAAGCUUCUUGCGAAAUGUUGAUGCCUUCAAUCAAAUCACUACUUCCGACAAUCGGUUAGUUUAGCUUUACCUCCUAAAUAAUUGAAAACAUCUGUUCAGCGGCUGCACAAGACAGAAUUUCUGCAUUUGAGAUGAAGACGUGAAUGUGAUUUUGACCCCUAGCUGUUGCCUUCUCUUAAAUCCAACGAUGUGCUUCUUCUGAACUUUCAGGAUCGACAGUUGAAUGUUUUUAUCGUCGAUUUAUUCAAUAAAAGGCUUCUCACAGGGUUGGGAAAUCGCAGCAGAAACACGUGAGGCCUAGAUCACGCGAUGCAGAUCAUGUGUACACAUUUAUUACACCAACGCAUGCCACCGAAAGCCACUGCAAAUUCAAACAAAAAGAACACAUCUUCUCGAAUCGGCGACUUGGCCUUCCCACGAAGUGACGUCGUACGUGUGGCCCUUCGCGCCACACCCACACCGUCUGCACUGCACAAAUAACCAGCGGCAGCAGCUUGAACUCGGGGAUACUUGGAAAUGCUCCACGUGAGAAAAAAAUUAAAAAGAAAGACAAGGGAGAUAAAACAAAGAAAGCGGAGGCCGUGGAGUUUACGUGAGGCGAAGGUGGUCACCUAAAUAAACAAAGAAAAAAAAAACUGAGGUGUACUCUUGGCUGCGAUGCUGGAAAAGGCAGCUAUAGGAGAACAGCUUCGCUUGCGUUUGCUCGGCCAACGCAAUGGGAGAGAGUCUUUCGCGGAGAGGCUGAUUCGCAUCCUCGCUUCUUUUGCUUUAUGACUUUUCGUUUGUUUGUACUUCGCCUACUAAUUAAUUAUUUGACAUUUUUUUUGUGGCAUAACGCUCUCUAUGCGGCGCUUUACAACUUCUAACAUACAAUCGAAAUUUCCGGCGGAGCCUGGUGAGGAGCUUUUUAAACAAUGGAAGCUGAACGCUUCAUUGUUUGUUUUAGUAAUUUCGCUCGUUGUCUUCGACAGACCCAGAAUACCUACUGUGAUUACUUUUUCUACAGUCUCUGGUAUGUGGUUUCUGCCAGGUCCAGCGUUUCUACGACCUAAUACGAGCAUUCCCAAACGGCAGCCAUUAUUUUUGUGUGUGCGCGCGUUCAUGAUCGUGACGUCGUCCCAGAGCAAAACUUCGUUACUUCUGUUCCGGUUCCCGAUUGGCGGAUGCUAAUCUAAGUUUAGAUCCCUGCCGGCUUUGCUCCAUUAUGGCGUUUUGCUGAAAGUGAAAAGGGGAUUGGCGGCUGGACCGCUCGUAUCGUCUUUAUAAUAACCUAUAAUCGUUGUGUAAGGUAUUGCUUUCUUUUCCCUGCAUUGAAGAAUAAAGCGGUGUCAGAUAUAACAAA